AUGUAAUAAUAAAACAAUCUUGACGAAAUAAGCUUAAAAAUUAGAUAAAGAAAAUAAACUUUAAGUUAAAUAAGAGAAGUGUUAGUUCAUGAUAAAUAUUUUGAGGAUACUGUGAGUAUUUCAAAGAGUGUCGAUAUUUUAAUAUCGCGAGGAAAAAUAGAUGUGGAUAUAUUUUUGAAGAAAAUAAUAAUAUUUGGAAUGCUUAUUACUUAAUCCCUUGAAAUUAGAAAUAACUAAGACAAAAUAAAUGCCAUCGGGGAUUAUUGUAAAAUGUUGAGAGAUGCAAAUUUAGUGAAGUUAUCACAAAAAGAAGAGAUGAGGGCUUUGAUUUAACAGGGACUUCCUGAUGUUCGUUUAAAGCUUUUAAAUGAUAUGCAGUUGAUAUAUAAUGGAAUGAUCUUCCCCUAAAAUCUUAGUUUUAAGAGUGUUACAAACAAAAUCUGCCUGAUAAUCGAUAUCAUUUACAAUUCAUUUGCUGAUUCUAUUUAUUUGGGUCAAGAUUUUUUAGAUUAAAUGGAGAAGAGUGAUUAGAUUCUGUAAAAUUUGGUGAUUGUGCCAAUUUAGAGUUAUAUUGAACAACUUGUUAGUAUUCAAUUUGAAGAAGAAACAAAACAUCUAUUGAGCUUAAAUGGGAUUUGUGUGAACAUUGACUUAGAUCUAUGA